GGUGAGCGAGGAUCAAUAAUCCUCACUCCUCCUUCUCCUCCUCCUCCUCCUCCUCCUCCUUCAUCCCUCCAUCACCUCUGCAGGAGCCGCUGAAACCUAAGGAACCAGAAGUGUCAUCCAACGGUCUGAAAAUGACAGUGAAUCCCCAACGCCUCGCGGUACCCAUGGAGAAGACAAACAUCUGACAUGAGAUUUAACCUUUGCCCAACACUUCCCCUGCAAGACCGGCUGCAGGACGACUGGCUGAGUCCUGCAGGUGAUCCCAUGGACCAGGAGGUGGUCAACCUCUUGUCUUCCAUGUUUUUCAGAAGAUGAUCUUUGACACACUUCCGUUUGUGUAGCUUUGGAUUUUGUUGAUAUCUCUACUUCUGGUUCCAGCGAUGGUCUGAACUGAGCCAACGUUGUCUUUCCCUUUGGUCAGAAACUGUUUGAAGCAGUGAAUUAUUGCAGGGUUUUUGGUCCCAGGAUUUCAAAUGAGGCACUACAGGAAAGCGGGUGAUUAGUCAACUUACUUGGGAGUUCGUACGUGGUGCAUUUCUGCUGCAGCAUCUGCAAAAUCAUAUGCAUUGGAUGCUGGGAGAACAUGGGACAAUCUACAGUCGCUGGGCAACUGAUAAUGUCCUAUAUCUUUGAUCCAGAGGGACAAAUAAAAUCUCUAUUGGCUAUGGUCUGUGCACCUGCUACUUGGAAACCAAUGUUCUGAUCUUCUGCAUGGAGUGCAGAGAGUGGAUACAACUGUGUCACUGACAAACACAAAGACAGACUUUCUGACUGUGGGAGGAGAAGGACAAGGGUGGGGGGGGGGCAAUCUCUAUGUUCAUUUUCAUAACCGUCAUGGGUCUGAACACCCGCAGGAACACCUGAUUGAACCAGGAAAUGGUUAACGACUCAAUAAAUCUCUCUUACUGGAACCUACAAGGGCGAGGUCCCUCUUGAUCCUCAAAUCAGCACUCGAAGAAGAAAAAGUCCUCUCCCCCCCACUAACCUCUGGUGGGGGGGAGGGUGAAGGGUAGUUUAGUGUUUAGGGUGUAGGGCUUAGGGCCAUAGGCUGUAAAUCUGUAGUUAUUUAGACAUUAGCUUUUAGGUUUUAGACUAGACUUUAAAGUACAUUGUAAAGCAUUUUUGUUCUGGGUAUAGAUUGUGGUUUUAGAUAGAAGUAGUUAGGCGUAAGUUCUUCUCUGCUGUGCUGAGGCUUCCUCUCAGCGUUAAAUCAGUUAUUUCUACUUUUAGAUUUUAUCCUUGACUUGUUGGCUUAUUUGCCCGUGUCCCCACUCUACUAGCCCCUCGGGUAUCGAACACUCAGCGAGUUAGCCUUUGGCUCUGCACCAGCUGUAGCUGUAACUCAGGCAGCAUUUCAUCUAGUGCAAAAGUUUAGUAUUUAACCUCAGUGCUAGCUGCAUCUAACCAACUGUAAAAUCCAACAGUUAGUGUUUAGGCUCUUUAGUUUAGAAUUAAGCGUCAGUGAACCUUUAUCACUUGCUAUUUUCCAGAGCUGUUAUAUAGCCCAAGUUUCCCAUUAUCCUGUGUGGUAACUUUCCAGCCAGCUAGUCAUGGAUGCUAAUCAAGGCCCAGGACAGGGGAGCCCAGAAAGCCCAAACCGGGCCGUGGAAUACCUUCUUGAACUCAACAACAUCAUCGAGAGCCAGCAGAAGCUUCUAGAAACCCAACGGCGCCGAAUCGAGGAGCUGGAGGUCCAACUGGACCGGCUCAGCCAGGAGAACAAGGACCUGCGUUUGGACCGGCAACCUGUUGCUCCUCCUCCACCUGCUCCUCCUGAGCCUCCGCUCCCUCCUCCUCCUCCGCCACCUCCACCAACUCAGACGACAUCAGCGUCCAUUUCUACCAAGAACCACCACCACCAUCACCACCACAACAGCCAAUACCAAACUCCUCUCCAGCCUCCUACCUCCAUCCCCCUCCACCACAGCCACCAGCAUCACCACCAGCAUUCUCAGCAGUACCACCACUCUUCCACCCACUACUCCUACAACAGCACCAACAGCACCAGUGCGACAGCUAUGCCGGUUACUGCUCCAACUUCAGCCCCAGCCUCCAUCUCGAUCCCGGCUCAAAUUCCAGCUCCGAUCUCCUCCCCAGCCCCGGCUCCACCUCCCCCUCCUCCAAUUCCACCCAGGGAUCAGCCGCGGGCCCACAGUCGGCUGUCUCGAUCAUGCUCCACCAGCACUGGCACCAACACCAACUUCGUGGAGAAAGAGAAAGAGAGGCUUGAGCGCCUGCACAGAGUCAACGCCUCUAACAACCACCAUGCCCACACCCUCCACCUUCACAAAUCUGUGGAGGGCGACCCUCAGUGUCCGGAGGCGCUCACUUAUUCUGAUUCGUCCUUCGGCCACCCGCCUCCCUUCCAUCGCUAUAGCAACAUCCCCCUCUCCAGCCCCUGUGAUCCCUACACCUCUGCCUCAACCAGCGGGCCCCUGGGAGCCUCCCACACACACACUCAGGGCGGCUCUCCCAUCUCUCCCCCCAGUCCGGCGAGCCUCGCCUGGGCUCAGCGCAGCCGACACCAGCCUGCCAGCCUGGCGCUCCGCAAGCAAGAGGAGGAGGAGAGCAAACGCUGCAAGGCUCUAUCUGACAGCUAUGAGCUCUCUACAGACCUCCAGGACAAGAAGGUGGAGAUGCUGGAGAGGAAGUACGGGGGCCAGUUUGUGUCCCGGCGGGCGGCGAGGACGAUCCAGACGGCGUUCAGGCAGUAUCGCAUGAACAAGAACUUUGAGAGGCUUCGCAGCUCCGCCUCCGAAAGCAGGAUGACCCGACGCAUCAUCCUGUCCAACAUGAGGAUGCAGUACUCAUUUGAUGAGCGUCCGCCACAGGGUCAGGGGUCAGCAGGUCAGCAGGGGUCAGAGGAUGCAGGAGACAUGGACGACUCCUUCUCUAAGCAGGUAAAGUCUUUGGCUGACUCCAUGGACGACUCCCUCACCUGCCAGUCCGGACGAGAAGACUCACAGGAAGUCGGAGGAGAAGGAGAGGAGGACGACGAGGAAGACGACGAGGAGGGAGACGAAGAGGAGGAGGAGGAGGAGGAGGAGGAAGGGGAGGAGGACGAGGAGGAGGAAGAUUACACACAAUGCGCGUGGCGCAACACCAGCGCAUCCUCCCGACGUGCCGCGGGUCGAGUGGGAGGAGUCAGGAGAGGAGGUGCCGCCAUGCACGAGGACAGCACAGCAACGUCCUUCAGCGAUGUCACCAUCUACAUGGACGACGGGUGCCUCCCCUCCUCGCCGCUCUCCCGCCCACCGUCCUCACCACUCUCCCGCCCCGCCUCCAGCACCGAUACGGAGUACUGGGGAGGAGGGGGUGCAGGAGGGAGAGAGGACAGCAGGGAGACAGAGGGAGGCAGCAGCGCCAGCCGAAGGAGCAGCACCCCCUGCACAGAGUGUCGGGGGGAGUAUAGAGGGAGGGCAGGGGGAGGUGGAGGAGGAGCAGGAGGAGGACACCUCCCUGUCCUGACCAUCGAACCGCCCAGUGACAGCUCAGUGGACAUGAGUGACAGGUCAGAGAGAGGCUCCAUCGGACGCCUGGUGUAUGAACAGGAGCCCUCAGGAGUCGAGCGAGGAGGAGAGAGGGAGAGGAGGGCAGGAGGAGGAGGAGAGGGAGAGAGUGGAGAGGAUGAGCGAGGCGGAGGGGGGGAAGGAAGCAGUGAAGCAGACUCGCCACAAGGAACCAUCAAACACAAACCAAACGGCCGCUCGGUCGCCACUGCGCAGGGACAAACACGCAGCCCCGCCAACGUGCCCCUGCCGAUGCCCUCAGCCCGAACGCUGCCCUCACACCCGCUCCCUCACCCGCUCCAACACCCACAUGCGCACCCCCACAAUCACCCCUCGGCCAUCCCCCACCUCCCCACCAUCCUCCACCACCACCCACAGUACAGCCAGCCACAUGUCAUGCUCAUGCACCAUGGCCACGGCGGCAGCCCUUACAUCCAGCAAGCACACCACUUCGCCCAGCACCACUACCACCACCUGCACCACCAACACCACCAUCUUCCUCAUGCUUACCCAGAACCCCUCUCUUCCCCUCUGCCCUCCCCUGUACCACCACUCACACCUCUUUCCCCCAUGCCGCCGCUCACACCCUCGCCGCUGUCUUCCUCCUCGUCGGCGCUCGUAAACAUGGAGGCACAGCAGCAGCAGCACCUCGUCCACCACCCCCACCUCCACCACCAUCACCUGCUCUGCUCGGACGGAGACAACGAGAGCGUCAACUCCACCACUACCAACUCCAACGACGACACCACCGUCAACAACUGCAGCUCCGGCUCGUCGUCACGUGACAGCCUACGGGAGCCAAUUGGAGGGGCCACGCUGGGGAAACAGACCUAUCAGAGAGAAAGCCGUCACAGCUGGGACUCACCCGCCUUCAACAACGACGUGGUGCAGCGGCGGCAGUACCGCAUCGGACUCAACCUCUUUAACAAGAAGCCGGAGAAGGGGAUCCAGUACCUGAUCGAAAGGGGUUUUGUGUCGGACACACCGGUGGGAAUCGCCCGCUUCAUCCUGGAGAGGAAAGGGCUGAGCAGGCAGAUGAUCGGAGAGUUCCUGGGCAGUCGGCAGCAGUUCAACAAGGACGUCCUAGACUGUGUCCUGGACGAAAUGGAUUUUUCCGGGAUGGAUCUUGACGACGCACUGAGGAAGUUCCAGGCUCAGAUCAAAGUUCAGGGUGAAGCUCAGCGGGUGGAGCGACUAGUGGAGGCCUUCAGUCAGAGGUACUGUGUUUGCAAUCCUGUACUGAUUCGGCAGUUCCAGAAUCCAGACACCAUCUUCAUCUUGGCCUUUGCCAUCAUCCUCCUCAACACGGACAUGUACAGCCCCAACGUUAAGCCGGAGAGGAAGAUGAAGCUCGAGGACUUCAUCAAGAACCUGCGAGGUGUCGAUAACGGUCAGGACAUCCCCAGGGACCUGCUGGUGGGGAUCUAUGGAAGGAUCCAGAAAUGGGAGCUGAGGACCAACGAUGACCACGUGUCCCAGGUCCAGGCUGUGGAGAGGAUGGUGGUCGGCAAGAAGCCUGUGCUGUCCCUGCCUCAUCGCAGGCUGGUUUGCUGCUGUCAGCUGUUCGAGGUUCCAGAUCCGAACCGAGCUCAGAGAAGCAGCGUCCACCAGAGGGAGGUCUUCCUGUUCAACGACCUGCUGAUGGUGACAAAGAUCUUCCAGAAGAAGAAGACUUCAGUUACGUACAGUUUCAGACAAUCAUUUCCUCUGGUGGACAUGCAGGUCCACACCUUCCAAAACACCUACUACCCUCACGGUAUCAGACUGACGUCUGCGAACCCCGGAGGAGAGAGGAAGGUGCUGAUCGUCUUCACGGCUCCGAGCCAGCAGGACCGAGCGCGCUUCACCUCUGAUCUCCGAGAGAGCAUCGCAGAGGUCCAGGACAUGGAGAAGUACAGGGUGGAGUCGGAGCUUGAGAAGCAGAAAGGUGUGAUGCGUCCCGGCAUGUUGACGGGGGGAGGGCCCGGAGGAGGAGGCACAGCAGGGGGUGGGGCCAACGGUGGCGGCGGGCCCACAAAGAGCGAGGUGCUGAACGGCACCCUGGGUAGGCCAAGCCUUGACGACACGUACGCCUCGGUGGAUGGACUGAAACGCACGGCGCUCAGCUCCUCGUUGAGAGACCUCUCAGAAACGGGGAAGCGAGGUCGUAGGAACAGUGUGGGAUCACUGGACAGUACCAUUGAAGGUUCCAUUAUUAGCAGCCCUCGACCGCACCAGCAGCGCCCCCUGCCUGCUGGAGGUCUUUCCUACAGCCCCAUGAUGGUCCCUUCUUCUCCAGCAGCCUACCGGCCACACCGCCCUACUCAGAGCCCCGGUACAGGGGUGGGGGGUGGGCCGGGGCUCUGUCACAACCAGGGAGGGGUCACCCCCUCCCCACUCGUGAGCGGGGGAGGGGCUGGGGGCGGAGGAGGGAUGGUGAGUGGGGGAGGCCCAACGGGUGGCGGUCUGCUGGGGAAUUUCUUCGGGAGUCGCAGGGGCAAGGUUCCUGGUCCCCUGACGAUGACGUCACCAACUCCUCAGAGUCCUCUGAGUCCCCUGAUGAUAUCAUCACCCCCCCACUAUCCCGCCCCCGCGCCCCCCAUCCCCCACCCAUCCUCCCCUUCCCCAUGCCUCUCCCCAUUGGCCAACCUCGGUCAGUCAGACUCGGGAGGAGUUGGAGGGGGAGGAGGUAUGGGAGGGGGACCAUCCAAACUACAGGCUUUGCAUGCCCAGUAUUGCCACGGCAACAGUGGAGGAGGAGGAGUCAGUGUUACUGGGCACCAGCAGCAGCAGACGCCACCUCCGCCCUACAACCAUCAUCAUCGCUACCACAUGCAGAGCGUCCCGCAGCACCACGUCCUCUCGCACAGGUUCUCCGCACCCCGGCGGCAGGGCCCAGCUGGGUGCGCUCCCUCUCAUACCCAGCAGCAUCAGAGGAUCCAACAUGGCAUUGCCCAGCACCCACGCUACAACUUGAGCUCGGGCUUCAUCACGCCCCCUCCACUGUCCCCACACUCCCCCAUUACCCCUACUACCCCACACGGACUCUACCACUCACAUCCCGUGGCGGGACGGCCGGGUGGAGGCGCCAAGCUCCCGCUAACCAUCUCGCACUCUCAGCCCCACCCCCACGCUCACACACACUCUCACAACCACGCCGCGCACACACACUCCCCCCUCAGCCCCUCUCCCUCAGUCUCCCCCUCCACCCACUUCAUCUUCUCCACCCCACCACCUCAGACGCCCUCGGCACGCCUCGUCACCCAGACGCCUCCGCAGUCCUACGCUCCUCAAUAUCCGCCACUCUCCUCCAUUCCACCGCCCCCUCCGCACUCUCCCUUACCACCCCCUUCAGCUGCCCCACUCUCCCCACACCCAGGUGUGGGGGGAGGGCAAGGGGGCGGCCCCAAAUCGAAACCCGUCAGCCGGAUCAGCACGGUCGUGUGAAAAGUCAGAAGGCAAGGACGGUGGUUUGCCACCCUGCUGUGAGCCACCGGGGGGCGGUAAUGACAAGGAGCAGGAAAGGGAGGAGGAGAGGAGGAGAAGAGGGAGGUGGGCAAAUGCAGGUGUAUCAAAAUGGCCGCCUGGUGACAAGGAGAGCACUGAGAGCGGGGAAGAGGAAAUUACUCAGCCUGUGUUAUUUCCACAUCCACUUCCCCCGCAGGUAGAAAGACGCAUGCUGAGAAAUGUUUGUUGGGUAACUUGUGCCCUGCAGGGGCAAAUUCCCCUGGAAAACCUGCCCACGGAGCAACUACCCCCAAGAAUGUAAAUUUCUGCAUUCUGAGAUUCUCAAAUUCUGAAGAAAACUCCCAUGUAGUCCUGCAGUCUCUGUGAAAAUCACCUCAUCUUCCCUCUGCGGUGUCCUGCUGACAUGGCCCGGGAUUCAAGAGGACACGUUUGUAGUUUUCCAUUGACAGAGGAAGUGUUCGUGUCAUAUUGUGAGUAAGAAGUUGUGUGAGUCGCUGUAGUGGACAAAAGGUUCAGGGACCAGAUGUGAAGGGAACAGUGCCUGAGAAUCGAACACAGGGGUUAGCGCUCAAAGCUAACACUGUAUACAGUACAGUGUAAGCUGAAGAGACAGAUCAGGUUGUCCGGAAGCCUGAGAACGGGACGAGUCAUUUUGUUGUAGUCCAAAAAAAAAAAUCCACUAGUCUUGCACCAUUUGGUUCUUUGCACAAAAGCACUUGUCCCAUUGUUUUUUGGAUGUUGACAUAUUGACAAGCCAUGAGGUUUUGCCGAGAAGGAGAAGUCCUUAGCAUUGAUAUGGUGCAGUUUCUGUGUCUUCAACAGGCAUGCAUGACCUGUGCAAUAUUUAAUGAGUGUCAGUGCGUCUAUGGUUGAAAUCCUAUAUGCAGGGGGAGGGAUUUAUUGUGAUUUAAUGCCCCAAUCUUUCUUUGGCCAAAAAAAAGUGCAUUAGUGAAGGUCACUGAAGACUUUACUUUCUGUGUGGACAAUAAACUUUUUUUUAAACUUUAAAUAAGCCAUCAAAACAAAAACUACAGAUGUAUUUUUACCUUUUGUUUUACAAAAAUGACUAAAAGCCUUUAGUGUUUGUGGAUUACAGGGUUUCAGGAGGGGGCACUAUACUGUUGUUUUUGAUCAGGACUUUAAAACGGGAAUGUUUGACAUUUGACAUUGUAAUUUUCCCAACUAUUUAUUCUUGUAAAGGGAGAUUUAUUUAAUAAUUUGUACUGAAGCAGUCAUUGCCCCCCUUAUUAUUAAGUAUCCUAGUUAUAUGAAAGUAUAAAAAUGAAUUUGUCAGAAAUGAUAAUAAAUGUCAACUGUGUUUCAUGCUCCAUAUUGUAUGUAACCUUUUAUGUUGCCAGGAAAGGAGAUUAUGCUGAAGGUACCAAACAGGGUGCAGUCUGGGAAACAGAGUCUUUUGUUUCACUUCCCGUGAUGAAGCCAGGAAGCUACAGGACCUAAACAAAGACACCCAGUCAUAUAGUCAGGGUAAAUGAAACAAUAUCACCUUAUAAUGUAACUCCACCAAUAAUGGAAACAUUAACCAAACUGUAAAUGAAUAUGACAAAAAUUAUAUUAGAUCAAUUUAAAUCCCACAGCCACUGUGUAUGGGGGGUUAGCUGACAGAUAUCUGGCUAAUAUAUACAACAUACAACACUCUCCCUCCUUAGACCCUCGAUUCAAAUCAUGAGAAAGCAAAAGAACUAACAUGGUAAAAAAAAAAUAGAAUCACUCGGAAAGCAUUUUCUACAUACUCCAAACCUGUUGUGGUUGCUUCAAAUUUUUUAGGUCAGUUAUUAUUAAAAUCACAGCUUAAUAAUUCAUUCAUCAUCAAUUUUAAAUCGAAAUAACACAUGAUUGUGAUGUACGGAUAUAUUGUUUUAAUUCUGUUAUCCCAAGAUGAUGGUUUAAGAACUUUGUCUCGACUUCACAAAAGACAUGUUUAUUAUAUUGGUACAUUAAUAUUACGUGAAGGCCUACUUAUUUUACAGUUUUGCUCAGUUCAGUUCUAACCGCUCUAAAAUAUUUAGCUGUAACCACACAAUUCUAAGCUUCCCCACAUUCUAAAACUUUGGAAAUAUAGAAAAAUGUAUUUGUGUACACAAAAGCAUAUUCAACCUUACUUCAUGAACCGCAGACAAAUGUUUACCAGUGUUCAGCUCUAAAAAAUAGUGGUUAAUUAUCAGGAUGUGAAAUCCUAAAAAACAUCUCUGGUGAACAAAGUCUAAUCCUACAUUUGACAAUAAGGUGCCUUCGUGCGGAAGGUGAAAUAUAAACAAAAUUAAUGUUCAAUAAAGACUGCCUUGGAAUACAAAGACAGUUCACCAUCUAAAUCUAUUAUAUUUUGAUUGAUUGUAUCCUUUCACAAUAGCAAAUAUCAAGCAAUUUCUGCAUUGUUUUAAUCUGACUGAAGGACUGAGCUCGUCGUCGACACAAAGGAAACUGAAAACUGGACCUAAUCCCGUCCUGAAAGAAUUUUACAGGACUGAAGUGCAGAGCAUGUUUCAUCGUCACGCAGCACUAUGUGAAAUAUUCUUAAACAGAAACAUUAUUACACGUACAUUUUGCAUUUUAAUUUAAACCUAACAUGCCAGUAUUGAAGUGUAUUUUCUCUUUUUUUGCUAUUUAGUCAAAUUUCACCUCAGGGCAGGAAGCCCUUGAGGGCUGGUAGAAAGUUCUUCUACCACUUGUACUAUUUUACCAGCCACACAUACUUUUUGACUCAGAAUAAACCUGUUGAUGCUGGUUACUUUCAUGUCCAAGUGGCGAGUUUGGUCGGCCUAAUAUAAAUAUUUGUCAGUGUUUUACUGGGAGAUGAUGGGAUAUUUCUCUGAUGGUCUGAAUUCAAAUAUUAAUGACUCAUUUCUAGUUUCCCUGUGAUUAUGUGAAUGCACCAACUGUAGAUAUUAACUGUACAGUGUGUUCUAUUCUCAAUGGGGCCAACAGCAUCAAUCUGCAACAGGUUCAGAAUUGCUUGAAUUAACUAAGUGUACGCUCUAAAAAAACCAAGUUCAUCAGGGUUCUUCAGGCUAUUUGAGCAUCGUAGGGAUUCUCUCAAGAAAAACAAAACAAUAAAAAUUCCUAAAGUGUUUUUUAUAGAAGCCCUUUAUGUUUGAGAUUUUGUGGAAAUACAGUCAUGGAAAAUUAUACCAUAAUUUUAUAUUAUAAUCAGUUGACGGAGUUCCUCAGGGAACCAUCUUGGGUCACCUGUUGUUUUCAAUCUGAAGAACCCCUUUGACUUUUUAGAGUGUGCUACUGAUAUUAUUAUCAAUAUUGUUGUGUGACAAGCUUCUACUAACAUGACGUACUCCUUGGGCUGUUUUGUAUUUUUAGCAUUUUUUAUUUUGUUAUGUGCUAACGAGUGUGAGAUAUUUUUUUUUUUCCUUUUCAGAUUUGGACAUUUUAUAGAAGCACUAAAAUCGUUUUGAUUUUUAAUAUGUUUACAACUAAACCAAGAAUUUUCUGUGUCUAACAUACAACUUCCUCUAACAUUUUUAAUACAGACUGUGAUAUUUUCCUCCACUCACCCUGUUGGCUCACGUAAACACGCCUGCCUGCACACUUCCGAAUCCUCAUGAAACCCCAGUGAAGCCACUCACCAACCUUUUCAUGGAAACAAGCAACACUUCUGCUACCUAACAACCUUUUGAAACAAUUUGAAUCAACAGUACAUGACGAGCUGCUAGGAAUUCUUGGCCGUUGGGUCCCCGUCAUUUAUCUACAGUCACCUAAAGAAUACUGCCUCUUUGCAGGGGCCUUAAGUAACUUAAUCCUGAGUAAAAACGCAAUCAACUAAACACACUUGAAAUAAAAAGAAAACUAAGUUCUCGAGGAGCACUGGAUCAAACCUACCUCGCUAGGGAUUAAUCAACAUUUCACCCUGUUCACUGCAUGUCUAAUCUAAAUCAAACACAUUGUCGCCAAAGUUCCCAUUUUAAAGCUCCAUACCCAUGUUUUUGCAUGAUGUUAACUGUUAACUACAAAUCGUAUGUACUUUACAUUACUGCCAACUGUUUUCCAAAUCAUGCCUUAACUUUUAAGGUUUGAUUCCUUCUUUUGGCCAGGCUUUGGUUUCAGUGUCAAUCUCUAAAAUACCAAAUCAACUUCAACAGACUUGAGUCUGUUUGCAGAUAGAUAAUCCAUCACUGUUAUCACUAUUUUUAAAAUAUUAUUAAACCCUUGUGGUCCAAGUUUGGUGCAGCCAUGACAUCUGCCUCCGGGUGAGUUGUUGCACCUUCAGCUCUGCGUGUUCAUGGACUCCAGUGUUCCGACUUGCAGGUCUAGCUAACCAUUAUUUUUUACCUCAGCCAAAGAGGUUAUGUUUCCACCAGUGUCUGGUUGUUUGGUGAAGGGAUGGGGCACGGAACAAGGAAGAGCCCGUUAAAUCUCUAUUGGUUUUGUCACUUUGCAUUACAAGGGCAUUUGUCAACAUUUUCGUCAAUUUCUUGGGAAAUAAGUUGAAUGUAAAUAAAAAUUAAAAAUAAAUAUUUAUGGUGUUGAGAUCUAUGAGUUUGUACAGAUUGUCAGACACCUUACUUUUGUUUUUAUUUUCUUAUCAGCGCUGGACAGACGUGUUUGGCCUUGGCGGAUGUAUGCAAACAAAUGUUUUUGAAAACGCAGAUGUAUGCGAUUUUACAGAAGAUUUGCGGAUUUCAAUGCAAAAAAUUGUUUUUACUUUUUUUUGACGACAGCAUACAUCAGUACAAGACUUACAUCAACCAACAAUCAUUUCUCAAAUGUAUUAGAUAAAUGCAAUAUGUGUGUGAUGGAUUUGCUAUCUGCAAACAGGUUUUUAUUGAAGUGAGCUUAAAUGAAUGCCUGUUAGGCCGAACAUCGAUCAAAAUUGUACGGUUUACUAAAUUAAUGUACAGUAUAUGCAGUUGUAGAACAUGCAAAAACUCAGCUAUGGUCCAUUAAAUAUUCAAUUUAAAUAUGUUUUUUUCUGCCCGGGUCUGCUCUCCUUUAUCAGUUUGCAUGCGGUAUUUAUUACAGUAUCUGCACUGAAUGAAACUGUAUUAUAAACAUGAAUGUACAUAACCAUCAUUAAAUGAAAAAUAACAACGCGAGGAACUCACUUUGCUCGGCAGCAGGCGGUUUGUCUCUGGCUGGGUUUACACCAGGAAUGCAAGAUUUUUAAUACCAAUAGAAACAGAUCUGGUCCUACAGCUGCAGGCAAACAGGGAACAUAAAAAUUUAAAAAAAGAGAAAUCAGAUGGGAUUCAAAUAACGUUAAAAAUGUUGGAGUCUUCUGUUCCUGUGUAAAGGCAGUCUGUGUUGUGUGUAUCUAUACAAGGGCAUGGACCGUCGAAGUUGUACGUGACAAAACAAUGGACCGCUUUAUGGAGUAGAAAAUAUUUCUUGUUUAUAAUGUAGAGCAAAGAGAGACUGGAAUAGUCCUUGUAAAAUUGUACGAGUACAGUGUCAAAUAUGUGUCAACAGAGACGACAUUAUUUUAAAAACUAUGUAUGGAAAUUUUAGCUGUGUAUAUAAAUAUAUAUUACUUGUACUUUGUUUUUGAAAUUGCAGAGAUAUGGAAAAAAGUGGAAAUAUUUAUUGCUCUAAAGAUAUAAAAAUCUGUUCAUGUUGAUGGA